ACACCCCGCCCCUGCAGGGCGCGCGGUGGUGACGUGUAGAGUCCGCGACGCUUUCGGCGAGCCGACCUCUGGGCUAACCUAACACCGGAGCCAUGGCCUCUGCUGGGGUCGCAGCCGGGCGACAGGCGGAGGAUGUAUUGCCGCCAACGUCCGACCAGCCGCUGCCUGACACCAAGCCGCUGCCGCCUCCUCAGCCGCCGCCGGUCUCUGCGCCUCAACCGCAGCAGUCGCCGGCGCCACGGCCUCAGUCACCUGCCCGCGCGAGGGAGGAAGAGAACUACUCCUUUUUACCUUUGGUUCACAACAUCAUCAAAUGCAUGGACAAGGACAGCCCAGAGGUCCAUCAGGACCUGAACGCCCUCAAAAGCAAGUUCCAGGAGAUGCGCAAGCUCAUCAGCACCAUGCCCGGCAUCCACCUGAGCCCCGAGCAGCAGCAGCAGCAGCUGCAGAGCCUCCGGGAGCAAGUCAGGACCAAGAAUGAGCUUCUGCAAAAGUACAAGAGCCUCUGCAUGUUUGAAAUCCCCAAGGAGUAGAGUGAGGCUGACUUCCUGAGAAAGAGGGGGAAGCCAAUGGCCUGCCUCCCCACUACCAUCCCCAAACGCUCCUUGGGGCAUGGUUCCUGUGGACCCCGACUCAGAACGUCAGGCUGCAGGGGCGGGGCUCCUGUGCUGCUGGCUGCGCGCGCGUCGCCUGUGCGGGAGCCAGCGCAGAGCUUGGCUGCGCCGGGGCUUCCUCGUGUAGCUCCAUAUGUCUAGAUGCAUAAUAACUGGAGUGCCUGCUGGUAGAAGUCAGAAUGCUCCUGGAGGCUGCGGAGGGGGUGGAGGACUCUCCCCUGCCUCUGGGGAGGGGGCCAUCUGCUGCACCUGGCCCCACUGACAGAUCUGAAGAGCACAGUAGGAAGGGAGGCGGCUCCUCUUUGCUUCCUUCCCUCUCUCUCCUCCCACCCCCAUAGGAUCAGUGUGUACCAGGUACACGUUGUUCCUGUUAACAGCAGCUUCUUGAAACAUUUGCAUAGAAUUCACUGGAUGAAUUAAGCCUGCACUCAUAUGGCAUAGAACUGUGAGAGAAUGUUUUGAAAGGCCAGAGGGUGGCCUUUUUCCCCAAACAGUUUGGUUCCUUUUAUGUUUGAGCCAGUGAAGGGAACUAUGCUGUGGGGGUGUCAGCCUAGAGCCCUGCCAGGCAGCCCCUGGCUCCAAGUUCCCUGCCUCUUCCAGGUUCCCUGCCUCUUCCAGGUUCCCUGCCUCCUAGCGCUCUCCUCGCCUUCAGCUCUUGCUCCCUUCCUCGUUCGUCACCCUCAGUCAGUGCCCAAGAGUGGCCAAACCGCUUCACAUCUGCAGUGCUUCCCCAGGGUUGACAAGGGGCCGUCCUUUCCACGCAGGCUAGAAGAGGUCUUUAGGCGAACCGACCUUCCCCCUUCUGGCAUUUCAUAUUCCCAUUGCUGUGGUUAAAAGGUCUUUCCCUCGUGGCCUUCGCACUUGCGACAGCAACGUGUACUACACUACAGAGGGGUUCAGUAUGCACCUUGUGUUGAGAGAGAGGCAACCCUGGGGGCCAGUUCAGGUGGUCCCCAACCAUGAGCUAGGUGUGAAAGUUACACAGCCAAGUUUGAGCUCUUAAAAGUUUAUCUACAGCCCUCAUUUCCCCAGCUUCCCAGAUUUCUUCCAGAAGGGACGUUUUAUUUGUGUGCUCUCCCUUGACUGUCAGAUUGAGGUAAGAGCAGUUCUCUCCGUUGCCUCUCGGGGAGGAGGUGCGAAGUCCUGGAGUAUUGUUUGGGUCUAGGAAUGAGCACAUAACCUGCGCUGACCAGUUUAGGGGCUUAGCAGAUGCCUGCCAGCUGACCUCGUUGGCAGGAGGAUUGGGUGGAGAUGUUUUUAGCAGAGCUUCCAUUAGUGUAGACCUGUAGCCACCUGUCAGAAGGUGGGUGGCAUAUUGGAGACCUGGGAAUGUGUGAAGGAGGAGAUCAAAUUUCAGUGGCUUUGGACAGAAAAGGAGGCUCUGGAUUUAAGCGGGUGGUCACCUGUGAGACCAGGUCUACCUUGGGACUGUUAUUUAACUGAAUCAGUUAUUUCCUUGAAAUUUCACAGUAGUGGGUGGGCCUGUUUUAAGGGUCUGACAGAUACCACAAAACAUGAAGCACGUAGAACUACAAGACCCCCGGGGUCUUUCUGAGUGCAAGGCUGAAAGGGACAAGGGCUCCUCACGGAGGGGUGGAGGGAGCCGGAGCCUGCCUUGUGUUGCUUUUUUGACUUGUGACAUUUUUCAAACACAUAAUUAAAAGGACUUACGCUCUGCUGUCUCAGGA